AUGUCCCGCUCAUUUGACUGGGUUUGCAAGGACGUGGUCAAAAAACUUCAAGGAAAAGAUUUGAGUCCCGUCACCCGUCUGUCAGAUGCAAUGAAGUUCCGGCAGUUUGCAAUACUGCAGAGGACUCCUCAGUCCCUGUUUUGGAAAUCUGAAGAUACUCCAGUUGGAUAUUCCCUCCUGCAGAUCUUAGAGCCAAAUCUUCCAGUUCCAGAGCCUGAGGUGUCAGCUCCCAUCCCCCUCAAACACACUGUGUCCCAGAAACUGAAGGCUAACACGGGGGUCAACGCCAUUGCAGAAGGAAGUGUGUCAGCAGCUUAUGCUAAGUCCUGUGGAUAUGAAAUUGAGGUUCGGUGUACCAGCAUCCCAGAUUCAAACCUGGAAAGUCUUCAAAACAGGAGACUUCUGGAUAAGGAGCCAUCAUUUGUGAAGGAUUGCCGGAUGGGAAGGAAGGACCUGUAUGUGGUGACGGAGGCCUUUGAAGUGACCAAGGACACUGUGCUGGAAGGCAGUAGCAGUGUCGACCUGUCAGGAAAAGCGCUCAUCCCCCACGUUGCCAAGGCUCAAGCCCAGGGACAGUGGCAAAGGGAGACAACGGAUUCAGUGCCUAUCCAGAAGGGUGCGGUGGUGGCCUACAAGAAGAAGCAACUUGUCAUUGAGAAAGACACUUGUGGUGAGAAGAUGUGGGGGGCAAGUGGGAGUGGGCACAUGGUCCCAGUUGGAAGGAUAGAAGAACCCUUCCAGCAAGAUUUCAAGCACCUUCAAAAUGAGGUUUCUGGAAAAACAGAGCAACUGGCUAUGCUUUCAAAGGAUAUUCAAGAAGUUGUGUUCUCUAGCCUGCUGCCCAUGCUCAGUGACAGGGAGAUUCUGUAUGACCUAAUGAACAAGCUGGAACUGGAUCAGUUGGGGCAUAUGGAUGGCCCAGGUGGUGCGAUCCUAGAUCAGCUGCGACAGGACUCCAUACCCCCAUGGAUUGACCUCAGGAACCUCAUUCUUUAUCUCCUUCAAGCCCUGAUGGAGCUGAGUGAUACCCAACUCAAUCUGCUGGCCCUGUCUAUGGAGAAGAGGCUCCUCCUCCAUCAACGAGAGCUGGUAAAGAGCAUCCUGCAGCCCAACUUCAAGUAUCCCUGGAACAUCCCCUUCACCCUCCAGCCUCAGCUUCUUGCCCCACUCCAGGGUGAGGGCUUGACUAUUACUUAUGAAUUGCUGAUGGAGUGUGGUCUGGAGAUAGAGCUGAAUAAUCCCAGGUCGACUUGGGAUCUGGAAGCCAAGAUGCCCCUGUCUGCCCUUUAUGGUAGUCUGUCAUUUCUGCAGCAACUUGUAGAAACCUAA